GCCGCGUGUGAUAAAUUAUGCCAAGGCAACGCCCAUUCGCGAUCGCUCUGCCUGUAUGCGGCCUUCGUUGGAACCCAUUGCGUAUAAAGUUGAGCAGCUGAUGUGCCGCGAUCACGGUGUGUGAUAUACCUAUAUAUGAAUGGAUAGCUUGAAAUAUUAUGUAUACAUGUAUAAUAGGAUAAUGAAAGUAUAAUGAUGGCGUUUAUAGUGCUUGCAAUAGCGGCCAUGGGUUCUGAUUCUCAGCAGUCAACGGUUGAUCUAUAACAGGCAAGAAUUGAUUAAUUCCUACAGCAGUCAUGAAGUCAUCUAUCUCACGUCGACUGAUCGAAGGUUGAAAAAUGGAAUCUUUUCAUCGUUUCCAUCUAUUAAUCGUCUGCCUCGCUGCAUUUCUUGGAAGAAGUUUAGCUAAUAGUGAAGGCGAUUUGCGGCUAGUUAACGGUACGGCAUUAUACGGACGUCUAGAGAUCUACUACAACUCAACAUGGAUGACAAUAUCGAAUAAAAACUUACGAGGAUCUCCUUCGCGAGUUGCAUGUCGUCAGCUCGGUCUACCUUUCACAGAGGCCAACUUUGUACGGGAUAAAAGAAUCUUCACAACAUCCGACUCAGAGAAGGUUUUGGUGACAUGGAUGAUCUGUCGUGGAGGCGAAGACAGACUUACUGAAUGCGAUAGUUUCGACUGGAACCCUGUGCCGUUUCACACACAUGAUGAAGACCUUGCAAUCUUUUGCAAAGGAGAGUUCAUCCCAACUGGUGGGCUCAGGUUAGCCGAUGGUUCGGAUCACCGCAGGGGGCGUCUUGAAUUGUAUUCUGGACUACGUUGGAUAUCAUUCUGUCUUGUUGGGUUCCAGGUAAAAGAAGCGAUGGUGGCAUGUCGUCAGCUCGGAUUCAAUACAUCCCAACCCUACAUCUGUAAAAGUGACUACUUUGGCCCACCGUCUGGUCCGCACAGUAGCCUUUACAAUGCCCAGUGCACUGGGGAUGAGGAGGAUAUACCAUCCUGUGAUGAGUUGUACACAGCAUAUUCAAGUGAAGAAUGUCUCGUGUCACAAAACUCUCUCAGCAUCUGCUGUUCCCGGGAUUUAGACUCGUGCAAGCCCAAAGUAGAGAUGAGUAAUGGUGAGUUCGCAGGUAGUCUUCUAGCAGCUAUACUAUUUCCGAUGGCACUAUGCGCCGGUUGUUACAUCACGUGCAAGAAACCGUGCAGUAGACGAUGUAAGAAGAAGCCCAAACCUCCUCAGCAAUACAAUGCAGUGUCUCUCGGGGCUGACGGUGGAGGUCAAAAUCAAUUUCCAGUGGCAUCAUUCAAAGAUCAGAAAGUACCUGUCUACAUUCAUACCAAUGCCGAUGGGGCGCCUGUUUCAAGUUGUGACCCAUCUGGGUUGUCUCUACCUGCACCUGCUGCUAGCAAUAACCCAUACCCUCCGCAGAGCAAUCCAUAUCAGAGUGGACAAGUACUACCACCUACAGCAGCUGGUUGUACCCCGUACCCUUCACAACCCCCCUAUCCUUACCACUCUGGACAGGCUCCUCCACCAGCAGGUGCAUAUCCUACUCCUCCUCUACAACCAUGUUACUAUCCCACCGCUGCCACCGCUACAUAUCCAGCUGCACCUUAUCCUCCACAGGCUGCAUCCACAGGACCAGCUUAAGGUGCUUCAUCUGCAGAACAGUCAUAUCCGACUAAAGGGGAUGUAGAUCACCCAUUAACUUCUCAUGCAGCAAGUGGAUCACCGAUAUGCAGUGGAUCACUCAUGCAGUAAGUGGAUCAACCAAUUAUCCAAUGGAUAUAAACAGUGGGCAAAGGGAAAUCCCGAGAGCGCCCCCGUCUUAUUAGAUGAUGACAAUGACUUUACAGAUUCAGAACCCAGCAAGCUCCUUAAAUAAUUCUGAACAUUUAAUGAACAAAAUGAAUAUUCUGGACGUAUACCGUUUUCAGUUACUCAUGAUUUUCAUUGGUCCGCACCAGGCCUACACUAGAAUAGUCCGCACCACAGGCAUUCAGUAGCUAUAUCAGAGUCGCACUACUUUUAAGAUCACCCAUUCAAAGACUCGGGCACAUAAGGGAUGACUGUCAUGGUAACUGAAUGUUUAUUUAUGUAAUAAUAACAUGCAAGUGAACCAGCUGCAUUUGUUCAUAUUUUCCGAUCAAUGACGUUCCCUGAUACAUUCCUUUCAAACCUUCCGAAUGUGUCAUUGAAGAGCUCAUGGGAUUUCAUUUCAAGAGAUGUGAUUUUAUUUUUUGCUGAUUUUAUGUUUUUCUCAGGGAAAUGAAAAUUUUAGUUUGCCUUUUCCGAUACACUGUUUGUUAUGCAUACGAAACAUGAGAGUAACAUGGGUGUGACCGUAUAUGAGUAUGCUAAAGUGUGUCCAAAUGUGUGAUAUUUUAGUUUUAUCAUUCAGUCGGGACACUGGCGGAUCCAGGGGGGCACAGGGGGCCCCUCUUUUGAGAAGCAAAAUUAAAAUUUGUAAUAUAAAAAUGCCAUUAAAACAGAAAUGCGCCCCCUCUUUUGGAAUCGCAAAUAUCCUUAAUUUGUUUUUGAAAACAUUUUUUUUGCUUGUCAAAAUUUUUUUCCGAAAAAUUUGCCCCCCCCCUUUGGAAAAUCCUGGAUCUGCCCCUGAGUCGUGAUGAACUUAAUUUUUGGCUUUAAUCUAAUUUAUAUGCAACAAGAUCAUGCCCACAGAUGAUCUGUUGAAAAUCAGUUUGAUAUUGGGUAACAAAUGAAAAGGAAUGCAAUUAUACUGCAAUGAAUUUAAUGGCGGUUUAAGCCAUAUUAAUGCAUAUAAUAUACUAUGGUAAAUACUGUGUGUGUCUUCUGAUAUAUAAACUUUCGGGCUCUUGUGUCUAUAUUCAAAUUUGUACUUCACUCACCAUGCUUACAGCAUGUAUAUGCACAGCUUCGUCGUAAAUACAGUUGUUCUACUAUAAAGUACCACCAUCGACUGAAUACAUUGAUUGAAUUUUGAAUUAAGAAUUCAUAUCCAACUUACCGAUUACAUUUCUAUAUCAUGUGAUUGUUACUAUAAUCAUUAUUUUCAACGGAGGAAUGCAUAAGUGCUGAGAUCCCGGUGAAAUCCUUAUAUUUCUUGAACGCAUCAAGCGCUGAAAACAACAACUGGAGAAUACUAACAGUGCGCCUUUAUAACUAUAUAUAUAUAUGUAUAUAUAUAUAUAGGCAACUAUAUGAACUACAUGA